UUGAAAUGUCAAAAAAGCAUGCACGCUUUGUUUUGUUUAUAGGUGUUUUGCAACAAAAAAACCCUUUAAUUUAAUAACCUUAACCCUUAACUAAACCUUAACCCUUCAAUUUUUAGGAUAUAAAACUGAGUGUAUUGGGAAAAUGGAGGCUUUUGAUGUUGCUAGUGAGAAUGCCACGGCCAUUGUACGCUGUUGCCUGUGCGGUCUGGACAUAGAACCGAACCCGUCCAACAUGUGCGCGGGCUGCCUGAGGAACCAAGUGAACAUCACCGAAGGCAUCUCCGAACAGGCCACCCUGCACUUUUGCAGGGGCUGCGAGCGGUACCUUCAACCCCCAUCCGAGUGGGUGCACUGCGCCCUCGAAUCCCGGGAAUUAUUAACCGUCUGCCUGAAGAGGCUUAAGGGCCUCAAUCGGCUCAAACUCGUCGACGCCGGGUUCGUGUGGACCGAACCGCAUUCCAAACGCAUCAAGGUUAAACUGGUGGUGCAUGGGGAGGUGAUGGGAGCGGUACUACAAAAGGAGUUCGUGGUCGUGUACACUUUGGCGCAUCAGAUGUGCGACGACUGUCAUCGCACUGAGGCGAAAGACUACUGGAAGGCAUUGGUGCAAGUGAGACAGAAAGCGGAGAACAAAAAGACGUUUUACUACUUGGAGCAGCUGAUUUUGAGGCAUAAGGCUCACGAGAGCACGUUGGGGAUCAAGCCGAUCCAUGGGGGACUGGAUUUCUUUUAUGCUACCGAAGCUCACGCGAAGAAAAUGGUCGAUUUCCUCACGACGGUUUUGCCCUGCAAGUAUCAACAUUCCAAGAAGUUGAUCUCCCACGAUAUCCACAGUAACGUGUACAACUACAAGUUCACUUAUUGCGUGGAUAUCGUGCCGAUAUCCAAGGACAGUGUGGUGUGUCUUCCGAAGAAGUUGACUCGGUCGUUGGGGGGGAUUUCGCCGAUUUGUCUGGUCUACAGGGUGACUAAUGCGAUACAUUUGAUCGAUCCGUCUACCGGACAAAUUUGCGAACUCGGCAGCACCGCCUACUACCGCACCCCGUUCGGCGCCAUCUGCAACCCGAAACAAUUGGUCGAGUACGUCGUGAUGGACAUCGAACCCAUCAUGGACAAGGACAAAAAACAAUUUCCCGGACAGGGAACCAUCUCCAGCAGGCACGUGUUGGCCGACGUCUGGUUGGUACGUGCCUCGGAAUUGGGCAUCAACGAGAACACCACCCACGCCCGCACUCAUCUGGGACACGUCCUGAAACCCGGCGACUCCGUUCUGGGUUACAACAUCCAGGACAGCAACGUCAACGAUGCGACGUUCGAGAAUCUAGAUCGGGCCAGUAUUCCGGACGUCGUGCUGGUGAAGAAGCACUUCGGAGAUCGGGCGUCUAAAAAGAGACAGAGGAUCUGGAAACUGAAGAGGAUGGCCCAGGAGGAGACCGGAAGUAUUGACGGGAAGGACUUUAAUGAGUUUAUGGACGAUUUGGAGGAAGAUCCGGAACUGAGGAGGAACGUCAACAUAUUCAAGGACAGUGCCAAGAUGGCGGCGCUUCCGGUGGACAUGUUCGAUGACAAUUACGAUCCUAACGGGGUCACUUUGGAGGAAAUGCUGGACGAUUUGGACGUCAACGAUGUGGAAAUGGCCGAUGAAUAAUCGGAAUUUCUUUUGUUUUUUUUGAAUAAAGUGGUUCUUUGUUAUG